UCCUGAUUGAUUAUAAUUUGAAUUGAAAUAUUUUUUGUUUCUUCCUUUUUUUAAAAAAUUAUUCUGAAAAUUAUCUUGUGAACAUAAUUUUAAAUUAAAGAAACAAAAAUGACUAAUAAUAAUGGACAGAUUAAUGUUAUUGGUGAUGAAUGUUUAAUGAAUAUGCGACCAAUGUCAAUAUCAUCAUGUGGACGUUAUUUUGCUUUAGCUACAUUAGCUGGACAAUUAAAUGUUUGGGAUACAAUUACAGCAAAUCUGGUGGCACAAUAUAUACCAUCUAAACAUUUAUCGGCAAAUUGUACGAAAAUUUGUUGGCCACCAGAUCAUCAUCAUAGUACGAUAAAUAAUCAAAUUAAUGGAACACCAAAAAAACAGAAUGAUAUUAUGAAUGAAUUAAAAAAAUUAACAUUAUUAGCAAUGGGUACCGAAAAUGGAACAAUAUUUUUAUUCAGUGUUCAUAAAAAUGAAAUACAUUCAAUUUUAAUGAAUGAUUCGAAAAAAUCUAUGGAUGGUCAUACUGAACGUAUAAAUGAUCUAUGUUGGUCAUCAUCGAUGGAUUCAUUAUUUUCCUGUUCACAAGAUAAAUUCAUAAUUGAAUGGUCUAUAAUUGAAUCAAAAAUUAAAUGUAAAACAAUUCUUGAUCAUAAUUCGGUGAUAACAUCAAUAUGUGUUUUGGAUAAUGAAAAUUUAAUAACUGGAUCAAAUCAAUUAAAAUGGUGGAAUUGGCCGAAAAAACAAUUGCUCAAAACAUUCAAUGGACAUUCGAAUGAAGUAAGAUUUUUACGACCAAUUUGGUUGUCAUCAAAAGAUAGUUCAACAAAAGAUGCUUAUUUAUUGUCAUCGGCAAUUUCAGAUCGUUAUAUUAAUCUUUGGAAAUUAGAUCAAUCACAAUCUCCAUCAAAAACGAAUAAAGCAUCCAAUUCAUUGGCAAGCUUUUUACUCGAUGAUGAACCAAUUUCACUUGAAAUUGCUCACACCGUAAUUGAUAAUUCAUUUUAUAUUUUAUCCGUAUCUAAAAGUGGUCAUUUUUAUAUGUUUGAAGAAACAAUUGAAUCAGCUUCGAACACCAAAGGUCCAGUUUCACCGAAAUAUCGAUUAAACAUUCAAACAAGUUGUGAUGAUAAGAAAAAUUUUAUCCCAUCAAACAAACGUUCAAGAAUUGAACGUCAAAUUCCCUACAUGUAUGCUUAUCUUGAUUCAAAACAAUUAAUUGGAAAAUCAUUGGUUAAUGGCAAUACAAAUAAUCAUCAACAGCAGUUGAAAGAUAAAAAUCGAAUCUAUAUUCAAACCAUAUACGGUGCACCGAAUCGUCCUAUAUUUGAACGUUUAAGUAUUUCUGAAUGUGAAAAAUUAUGUCAAGAACAAAAAUCAUCAUCAUUAACAUUGAUCACUAAUAAUAAUAAUAAUACGACAACAAUCAUCAAAGAUCCAUCCAUAUUAAAAUCGAUUGAGCUAUUACCACGACCAUCAUUGGAGAAUGUUUCAAUAUCAAAAGAAAAUAAUACAAAAAUUAAAAGUGCCAAGCAUUCUGAUCGUACAACAGUGAUAGGACCAGCCGGGAUGGUACCACACCAACCAUUAUUCAAUGGUGUCAAUGGAGAUGGUGAUACAGAAAACAACGAUGAAAUAAUGCUAAGCGAAGAUGAAUUAUUAAAAAUUUCUACCGGUAAAUUGGCAAAACUUGCUGAUGGCUGUGCUGUUUGUACGGUUGGUGAUACAAAUGUUAUGGUUACAGUUGUGGGAAAAUCACCAAACAAAAGUGGAACUGGAUUCACUGGUUUUGUUCCAUUGACAGUUGAUUUUCGACAAAAAGCAGCUGCAGCUGGUCGAAUUCCAAUGCAUCAUCUAAGACGUGAAAUCGGUGUUACGGAAAGAGAAAUAUUAACAUCACGAAUUAUUGACCGAUCGAUUAGACCGUUGUUUCCACGUGGAUUGACUGGUGAAACUCAAGUUGUUUGUAAUAUGUUAUCAUUGGAUGGACAAAAUGAUCCAGAUAUUUUAGCCAUCAAUGCUGCUUCAGCUGCUUUGGCCAUUUCGGAUAUUCCAUGGAAUGGACCAAUAGGAGCCGUAUGUGUUGCUUUAGAUCAAAAUAAUGAUGUCGUAACAAAUCCAACAAGAAAAGAAAUGAAUAAUGCACGUAUGAAUCUCAUUUUGACUGUGAAUGAAGCUGGAAAUGUUCUUAUGAUGGAAGCAUUUGCAAAUGAACCCGUAUUAGAACAAUAUUUAAUCAAAUCUAUUUCAAAGGCAAUUAGAGAAGCAAAACUUAUCAUUCAAAAUAUUCGCCAGCUUCAAAAAGAAGUGGGAAAACCGAAACGUUCGGUGGAAGAAAUUCCAAUGCCCGGCCAACAACAUUUUGAUGCGAUAAGAAUGUUAGCUGAACAACGAAUAUUGGAUGUAUUUUCCAAUCAUUCACAUGAUAAAUUUUCACGUGAUCAAGCAUUAUUUGAUAUAAGGCAACAAGUUAUGUCUACAUUAACCGAAGAAUUUACCGAUGAUUCGACCAACUUAUUACAAGAUGCUUUUUCUACUGUGAUUAAACAAAUAUAUGCCCAAAUGGUUCAAAAAACUGGUAUUCGUUGUGAUGGACGUAGUGUGGAUGAAAUUCGACCUAUUCAUUGUGAAGUUGAUCUUUUUCGACCAGUUCAUGGAUCGGCAUUAUUUCAACGUGGACAAACACAGGUACUUUGUACGACAACAAUUGAUUCACAAGAUUCAACAUGGCGUGCCGACAAUAUUUCAGCAUUAACUCAGGGCAUUAAAGAGAAAAAUUUUAUGCUACAUUAUGAAUUUCCACAAUAUGCUACAAAUGAAAUAGGCCGAUCCGGUAAUGUUGGACGACGAGAAAUUGGUCAUGGUGCAUUAGCUGAACGUGCAUUAAGACCAAUCAUUCCAAACGAUUCAGUGACUACUAAUGAUUUUACCAUUCGAUUGCUUUGUGAAGUUUUAGAAUCAAAUGGAUCAAGUUCAAUGGCAAGUGUAUGUGCAGGUAGUUUGGCAUUGCUUGAUGCUGGUAUUGAAAUUUCUUCACCAGCAUCAGGUGUAGCUAUUGGUCUAUUGAAACCACCAAAAAAUGAAAACAAUGAAGAACAAGAAAAUAUUAUUUUAACCGAUAUCAGUGGAUUGGAAGAUUAUUUUGGUGAAAUGGAUUUUAAAAUAGCCGGCACAAGAAAAGCAUUCACUGCCUUACAAUUGGAUUGUAAACUUGAAGAAGGUUUAUCAUUUAAAAUUCUUUAUGAAGCUAUACAAAAAUCUAAUCAAGCAAGAAGUCAUAUAUUGAAUAUAAUGAAUGAUGUUAUAAUGGAACCAAGAAAAAAAUCCAAAGAAACAAUGCCUAUGGUUGAACAGAUACAAGUACCGAUUAAUAAACGUUCGAAAUUUCUUGGUGUUGGUUGGUCAAAAGCAAAAAAAUUAAUGGCCGAAACUGGUGUUAGUAUUAAUCAAGAUUUAGAAGAUAUUGAUAAAUUCACUAUAUUUGCACCAAAUGAAGCAGCAAUGAAUGAAGCAAAAGAAUGGAUUGAAAAAGUUCUUCGUGAACCUAAUAUUCCGGAAUUAGAAUUCGGCGCCAUCUAUCAAUGUAAAGUUGUCGAAAUUAAAGAUAAUGGAAUUAUGAUACAAUUACAUCCGGCAAUGAAACCAGUGUUUCUACAUUUAUCACAAUUAGAUCUUCGAAAAAUUGAUCAUCCAUCCGCAUUAGAUAUUGAUGUUGGUAGUCAAAUUUCUGUAAAAUAUUUUGGUCGUGAUCCAGUAUCCGGUCAGAUACGUGUAUCACGAAAAGUGUUACAGGCACUUGAAUCACAGGUGAAAAAUUUUAUUAAAUGAAAUUUAUUAGUAAUUUUCGAAUAAAGAAUUUUUUUUAAUAAAAAUGAAUGACAUGAUUCUUAAA